AUGUUUCUCAUUGCAAAAAUUGUUCGUGGUCGGCGGCUUUUGCACGAACUUGAAAAACAGGAAAAGGAUGAACAUUUGGCAGCAGAUGCGGCUGCAGCACAUUCUAAUUCACAGGAUAAAUGGAGAGGAAACGAGUCGAGUCCGACAGGAGAGGAUCGUGGUGGAGAUCCAUCACAAUUCAGACCAAAAAGAAGCCGGACCGUUCGAAAAAAGACUGGUGGUGGAUCCGUCGAUUCAAACUUUCUGGAGGAUGGGAAAACGGCAAGAAAGAGCAGUAGUAUGCCGAGUAUCUACGAUUUGCAACAGCAAGCUGCCCCUCGAACACCUGCACUGAAACACUACAACUACGACACUCGGCUGAGCAAAAUACAGAAAAGAGCAAUCAGAUUCACUUGGCACAGACUGCAAACCAGAAAUGGUGGAAAACGAGUUGAAAACGUUUUUGAAGAGGUUUUUGACAAGUUAGUCAAGAACUUGCCAAACAUCAGAGAUAUGUUUUCGACGAGAAUGUUUCUAUGUGCAAUGUCUCGUGGAACCACAUCUACUUUACGAGAUCAUUCAAAAAACUGCGUAAAGAUGGUGGACUCCGUCAUCAAAAAUUUUGACAUCGAGAAGUCGAAAAGAACGGAUACUGGAACAGAGAAUGACCCAAGAGUAAUUGGACGUGCUCACAGCAUCUUGAAGCCAUAUGGUCUUGCUGGAAACUAUUGGGAAAAGUUCGGAGAAGUGAUGAUUGAUGUUGUUCUAGCACAGGAAGCAGUCAGGGAUCUACCAGGGGCUGGACAAGCAUGGGUCAUCUUCACAGCUUGUUUGGUGGAUCAGAUGAGAGCUGGAUUUGAUGAGAACCGAAAAACUGACCAUGAAGCACAGAUGAAGAAGAGCACAGUGUUACAUCAUGCGACACAGCAGUUGUUAGAAGAUAACGCUGCAUCUACAUCAGCCGCAGGAAAUGGCGAGUGUUCGAGUUCGAAUCAGCCGUCAACGUCAAAUAUGGCAUGCCCAUUUGCAAGAAUGUCCUUAACGCCUAAAGACGCUCGCGCAAUCGAAAGUCUCACCGGAGGCGGCAGUAAUACAAAUGGUGGCGGAGACAACAACGACCUUUCGGGAACAAUCUUUUUGUAA